AAGCGUGCGUAAUCGGGCCAGAUUCCUUGCCGGUGAGGAUGAAGGUACUGGCCGAGGGCGACCUCCGGAAGCGCUGCGCGACGCUGCCCAUGAUGCGCCGGCGCUACUGCAUGCUGCUGCUCGAUGACAGCAAUAGCGCCAAGCUCAAGGUGCUCCUGCGCUCGUACAAGAGCAAGGCCGAGCGUGACGGCAGCGCCGACAGCUUUGUGUCGUCGCACGUGGUCAAGUGCAUUGGCGAGUGGACGGGCAAAGGGAAUCUGCAUACAUAUCCGCAUGCGUUUGUGGUCGAGACGGCGCAGAGCAAGCUCUUCCACUGCUCGGCGCCGUCCAGCGAGGCCAAGGCGAGCUGGAUGCACGCGAUCCCGUUUGCCGAAGAUGGCCUGUACGCGCUCGUCGGGCCCGGCGUCACGCCCAUUCUCUCGGCCUCGUCCCAAGACGACGUGCCCACGCCCAACGACGCGCCGAUGCCAGCGUCCUUCCACGAGUCGACGACCAACGUCCGCGAGUCGACGGCCAACGUCCGCGCGUCCCAAGCUGCGCGCCCGCCACCUCGUACGUCGUGUGCCCGUCGUAGCUAGCCCGUGUGUAAAGCAUCAUGUAGCUUCGCGCGAGUCGUCGACUCGUCCAGAGAGCAGCAAUCUCGAGCGGCCAGUGAAAGCGCGGCCACCGAGCGUAAAGGACGCCUUGUUUCAGCGCAAGGCCAAGCAGACAACGAAGCGGGACCUUGUCGCCGACCUCGAGAUCGAAAGCGACGAGGAGGGUGCUGCGCCGGAGAGCGUGCUGCUCGAGCCGUCGCUGCUUGGGCCCAAGAUCGACCCUUACGAAGUCGACGUGCACAUUGGCUAUGUGCCGCCCGCGCCCAUGAAGCUGCAGUUUGAGGUCGACCCGCAGGCCACGGCGAUGACGUCCGUGGCGCCGUCCAACGACAGCGACGAGGAUGAGAUCGUACCGAUGGAUCCUGAUUUGUACGCGCGCAUUUCGCAGCUGCGUAUGGACGAAGCCAAGGAAGCAACGCGCCGACCAAAAGACGAGGCGCGACUUCGGCGGAAUGAGGCCGAGCCCCGGGUGGCCCGCAAGGUCAAAGCCAAGAAGCACAAGAAAAGAGGGGCGGACGAGAGCAGUCGCGAUCCGCACCACCACCACCACAGUAGCAGUAGCACGAGCCAACCUACGUUGACGUCCAAGCGAGACAAGUCGCGUCGCGAGGCGUCGCCGAGUCCGCCGGCGCCCCGUCGCGCCCCGCCACUGCCGGCGGACGAUGCACCACAGCCGCAUGCUGUACGACCAGCGCCCUUGCCGAAAGGACCGGCGCUGGCGCUGCCCGACAUUGAGGGGUUUUAAGUCGAACAAGCAUGUCGUUCAAUACUCAAGUUGAAC